UAGUGCCUGUUCUUGGUUUUAUCCACAAAAGCCGUCCAUCAUACAAUGCGCAUUCCCGUCGGUGGCAUGCCGUAAGCCGAAGCAGACAUGGCUCUCACGCUUGCCCCUCUUUCCUCCAUUUCUCGCUCUUUUCCUUCAUUCGCCUCUCCGAGCAUCAAGUUCUCCAGGUUUCGAAAGAAUAACCUCCCUCUGCAAUCUGGAUUCCUUAUCGGGUUCAGGAAAUCGACUUCUCUUGCACCUUUGGACAGAUGGUCUGCAAUCACUAAGGCUUCUCCGGAGGAUGAAGGGAAGGGCACAUCAGAGUCAGAGAAAGGGGAAGAAGGUCCCAAAGAGGUAGUCUCUGUGGAGAACCUCCCUUUGGAGUCGAAGUUGCAGAUGAAGCUUGAGGCCAAGCUGCGGAUGAAACUCGCGAAGAAGAUACGGUUGAGGAGGAAGCGCCUCGUCCGCAAGCGGGGGAUGAGGAAGAAGGGGAGAUGGCCACCUUCAAAGAUGAAGAAGAACAAGAACGUCUGAGGCGUCCAAAGAAUUUUGGUUGGGAAUCCGCUUCUUUCAUGUUUUCGUCCGCUCUUGCCGUAUCUCUCGUGGGUUAAGUUGACACUUGACAACUGGGUUUCAUAUUUUCCGGAUUCUAUGGUUAUUAAAAAAUUAAUGAUUUCUGAUACA